AUGUCUGAGCGAGGCUCGUUCCGCGGCGGUCGUGGUGGAGGUGGUGGCCGUGGCGGUCGCCAGCAGCAGAAAACGGGUACCUCUGCCCAACAACAACAAGAGAAGCCGAAGAAGGAGAACAUCCUCGAUUUGGGAAAAUACAUGGAUAAGGAGGUUCAGGUGAAGUUUAAUGGAGGCCGUGAAGUGACUGGAACCCUCAAGGGAUAUGAUCAAUUGAUGAACCUCGUCCUCGAUGACGUCAAGGAGACUAUGCGUGAUGAUGCCGGCAACCAGACCACUCGCUCUCUGGGUCUGAUCGUGGCACGUGGAACUUUGAUCGUUCUCAUCUCACCAGCAGAUGGCAGUGAGGAGAUUGCCAACCCUUUUGUUCAGCCGGAGGAGUAA